AUGCCUCGGGAACUCCGUUUGAAAGAUCGCCACGCCGCGGUAACACAACAGACCGCUGGUCUUGAGACCGACAAGGUCGAUGUUGGUGACACAAAUUUUAAAUAUUUUGGGUACGCUCCCCUCAGAUAUACCCCCUCUGACGCCAAUUUAUCCCAUGAGCAUGUUGUUCAUGGAGAUGAAACUGGGGUACAAGGACGGUUCGAAAGUAAUGUAGGCCGAAUUGUAUCGGCCGUCUUCAAAGCAAUGAAUGUGCCAAUUACCUUAGGUGACUAUAAGGCUAGCCAAAGGGCAAAGGGCGAAGGCAAAGAACACAUGCAACAUAUCCUUGGCCAAAUAGCAGAAUACCUGUAUUUGGCCAAGUUCAAAUUCGGAUAUAUAUCAACAUAUGACGAAACCAUAUUCUUGAAACAAGAACUUACCCAAGAUGGAUGGGUAUUGUUUCACAGUAGUAUUAUCCUUCAUUCUAAAGAGUCAGAAGGAGAGCCGUCGUUACGCGAAUGCCUUUGGUACAUAGCGCUGGCAGCGGAAGGGAAAACGAUAUUUUAA